AUGGAAAGAAUUUGUCUGUGUCACUCUCACAAUGGUAUUAUUCCCUUUAUCUCUUCCAGUUGUGGUUCUCCAAUUAGGUCAAUCAGACCCUAUUCUUCAUGUCAUACUAAUAAAUCCACUUUAGAUGCUGCUUUCACUCUCUUCCAUCAAAUGCUUAUAAUGAAGCCUCUUCCUUCUCUUAAAUUGGGUAUCCUUGUUAAUGGAUACAUUUUGAGUAGUGUGAUUAACAGUUAUUGUCUAAUGCAUCAUGCUGAUUGUGGGUUUUCGGUGUUACCCAUUUACUUGAAGAAUGGCAUUCCAUUUAAUAUUGUCACUUUUACCAUUCUAAUAAGAGGGACAUCUCAACAAACUUUUAGUUUGCUCCGGUUAAUGGAACAAGGGAACACUAAGCCACAGCAUAUGCAUCUUAACAUCGUCAUAGAUGCCCGCUUGCAGGUGAACUUGAAUCCGCAUAUCAACUCUUUGAACGAAAUGAAGCAGAAAGGCAUUCCUCCGGACAUAGUCAUAUAUAAUUCAAUAAUUAAUGGUCUGUGUAAGUUUGGUCAGUGCGAAAAGGUCAAGACUUUGUUCUCUGAGAUGGAGAACCUUAAUAUUUAUCCGAAUGUGGGCACUUUCCCAUGUGAUAGAUGGACAUGCAAAGAAGGGAAAGUUGAAGAUGCCGAGAAGUUAAUAAAACACAUGAUCGAUAAAGAUGUAGAGCCUGAUUUAAUCACCUACAAUGUGAUAAUGGAUGGAUAUUAUUUGCAUGAUCAACUGGAUAGAGCGAGGAGAGUGUUUGAUUUUAUGAUAGAUUAG